UGCGAACGGUUGGACCCAACGGACAUACUUAUUAGAGCGUCGUGGCGUGGUCGCGUUUCCGCUUUGGUAGUAGUGAUUCUAGCAAGUGAUUAAACAUUGGCAACGCUGCUGGACAAAGGAUAGCUUUUCAUGGGUAAUGGCAUAAAGGAAAUGGAACGAGGAGUUUACCUUGACCACUGAGAAAGCCGGAAGGCCAAGUGUACGAUUUGAAGAAACAAGGAAAUCACUUCGUGACCUACAAAUAUCCACUGCUGCAAGAACAGGUGUAGCCUGUUGUAGCGUGAUAUUAUCGAUAUUGCUGUACUUGCCUAGGGUACUAGACUAAAGCAAAUCAAACUCAAUUUUUUGCCUGGGCCCACUCGGGGGCCUCCCAUCCGGUGAAGUGAUAAUGACUUUGACGAGUGGUGAUGGCAUGAACCGACUACCCUCACAACUGCUGCAUCGUCUUCGGUAGACCGUCCGUUCCGUACCCCACACAGAGUUAUAAUUUUCCACCCAUCGUCACACCCCUACACUUCAAAAGGGAGGCGUCAUCAACAUCGCAGGAGGCAGGUCGCCGCACUGCGAAGCACGCGAAUGAGUCACGGCAUCCUUGGAUUGGGUGGAGGAGGCUUGGUACUUAACAGCAGCAUGAAAACCGGAACUGAAGGUGCUAACCGGCUCAGCCAACAGAAUGGCAACGGGUGUGGAACCAAGCCAACAACGGGUGGCAAUGGGAACGGGAACGGAGUUGGAACGAAUCGGGAGGUCGUAGCCCGAUGGAGAGUGCCGAUGCAUGGGAAAGUCUACGAGAUUGAGUUCGAACAUGGGACGGCCAGUGGGAAGCGAGUGCUGUGGAUUGAUAAGGAGGAGAUUUUCCGCCGGGAUUGGAUGUUCAAACUGGUGGGGGAGGAUACGUUUAAGCUGGACGAUAAGCGGUGUAUCAUUCGGGUUGAUCCCCUGCCAGGAUUCAAAUAUUGUUACUCGCUUUUCGUGGACGGCAAAUCAUACGAACAGUUUACGGAAUCGCAAGCCAAAGCACUCAAAACGUGGGAGAUUAAUUUGAAGGAUAAUUUCUAUCGCAUUGUGCUGGAAAAGAACACCCUCAACAUCUACGUGAACGGUAAACUGAUAGAAGAAAGUGGCGAAUUCGUAGAUGGCGGCACCGAAACGACGUUCGUCGAGGAUGGCAACCGUUUCGUGCUAACGGCACGAACCAGUGGGAACAAACGCGAAGGGAUCGUGCACUCGCUGGCGGUGAACGGUGUAACGGUGGGCGAUUCGGUGGCAGCGGCAGCGACAGCGUCCGGUUUAGCCGAAAGCGGUGAUAGUGGGGAUGCUCAAUAAGCGUGACAGUUUAUUAGUGUUAAUGUCAUGAAAAGUGCAAUUAUCUUGUAAUUAUGCUUGUAUUAUUUAAAUGCUAAUUUCUGAUACAAAUUACUGGUUAUCGUCAAUAUAAGUAUACUGAAGUUUUUGAAUGUGACAGAAUUACAAUAAAAAGUGUUACGAUAUAGUUUUA